AAGAAACCUACACCAUAUACCAUAUACCAUAUACCAUAUGCCCCCUCUUCCACCCUUUUCACCUAUACCAACUACCAACACCCACACCCACUUGAACUACACUCACUACAUCCCUCACUGCCACUCAGAGAAAGGAUAAGACAUCAAAAAUGCCCAAACGCUCCCGCCCACCAGCACCAGCACCAGCACCAGCACCCACCAGCACUCCCCGAAGAAGAGACCGAGAAUCCACCCCCCCUCUGCCCCCCUACGAACCCCCAACCAGCACCCUGACGACCCUAUCGCACCAACCCACCACCGCACCCGCCCUCUCCGCCCUCCUCGCAACACACACCUCCUCCACCCUGAAAACGCAUCUCCAGCACGCCCAGGAGAAACUCACCGAUGCGGCGGGGGAGAUUAACGAGCGGUUAACGGAUGCGAAGGAACGGAGUAAGAAGGCCAAAGAACGGAAAAGAAACUUGCGCUCUCAUACCUCCGGAAAAAAUAAUAACGGAGAGGGGGGAGAAGAAGAAGAAGAAGAAGGGAAUGAAAGUGGGGAUGAUGAUGAUGAUGAUGAUGAUGAUGAUGAUGAUGACAAUGGAAUUGAAGAGUUUGAAGAGAGAGUGAAGGCGACGACGAAGAUCCUGGAGGAGACUAUCCGAGGGGUUAUUGAUAAGGAGGUUAGGGGAGAAGAGGUGGGGAGGGUGAUUGCGGGGUUGGAGGGGGGUGUUGUUGAACGGAUGAGGGUUAGGGGGGUGAGGAGGAGGAGUCAGAGGGGGGUGCAGUUGAGGAGGAGGAGGAGGAGGAGGUUGAGGGGUGAUGGUGGUGGUGGUGAUGAGGAGGAUGGUAGUGAGGAGGAGGAAGAAGAGGAUGGGGAAGAGGAGGGUGGGGAUGUAGAUGAGGAUGAAGAGGGCGCGGUACCGUUCCUGGCGCAGUUUGAGGAGGAAUUACAGGGCAAGAUGGAGGAGUAUAAUGGGUUGAGUUUGACGAGACGAUUGUGGCAGCUACACAACCAACAACUCCUACAUCGGCUUUUACAAAAUCAUCCACGAAGCGAAACACAUCGGCGACGAGAUCCCUCCUCCACCUCACCCAUCAACAUGGUUCUCUCAUCUCGAAGAUCCCCAUUCACAACCUCCAUCCCACCACCCAUCUACCUCCACCACUACCACCACCACAUCUACAUCCACCAGACAAACCAAAACCACCACCACCACCACCCGCUCUCACCCCGCCGCCCCUCCCCCUCCCCCUCUGCUUCCGAAGACGACGAAAUCGCCAUCCAAACCGAACGCAUCUCCCUUAAAUGUCCACUGACGCUCCUCCCCUUCCGCGACCCAGUCAGCAGCACGAAAUGCCCACACAGUUUCGAGCGCGAGGCGAUAUUCACCAUGAUUAGCGGGAGUAAUCAGAUGGUGCCUGAUCCGCGGGGAUCAUCUGGAUCUGCAGGAGGAGGAGGUGGGAGAGCGAGGAAGCGCGUGCGCAGCGUCAAGUGUCCCGUGUGUGAGGUGCAGUUGACGGAGUUUGAUCUGCGGAGUGAUCCUGUGUUGGUGAGACGGGUGAAGAGGGCGGAGAUGGCGGAGUUGAGGGAGAGGGAGAGGGAGAUGUUGGGGGAGAGUCAGGAUCAUGAUGGUGAUCAGGAGGUGGGUGGUGGUGGUGGGGGGAAGAGGAAGAGGAGUGGGAGGAGGGGGAGUGCGGUUGAGGUUGAUGAUGGGGAUGAUGAUGAUGAUGAUAACAGUGGUGAGGAUGAUAAUGAUGAUGGGGAGGAGAGGAUCAGAGUUAAGAGGGAGAGGGGGAUGUCUGUUGCUGCUGCUGCUGCUAGGAUUAAGCAGGAGAGGGCGGGGUCGAUGGUCGGUAUUGAGGAAGUUGAUUUGGAUGGAGAGGAAGAAGGGGAAGGGUAUGAUUCUAUGUAUGAUGAGUGA